AGCCUGAGCGCGUCGGGUCGCGGGGCAGGCUUGACCCAUGGCCGAGGGCGGCCGGACGCUUCAGGCCCGGGCUCUCCUGCAGCAGUGCCUGCAUGCCCAGCUGCAAGUACGCCCAGCCGAGGGGGACGUCGCGGCCCAGUGGGUGGAGGUUCAGAGAGGAUUAGUGAUCUACGUGUGCUUUUUCAAGGGAGCUGAUAAAGAACUUCUUCCCAAAAUGGUUAAUACACUAUUAAAUGUGAAAUUAAGUGAGACAGAAAAUGGCAAGCACACCUCUGUAUUGGAUCUGCCUGGCGACAUUCUUAUCAUUCCUCAAGCCACUCUUGGAGGGAAAGUGAAAGGAAGAAACAUGCAGUAUCACUCUAACUCUGGAAAAGAAGAAGGGUUAGAACUUUAUUCCCAGUUUGUGACUCUAUGUGAAAAAGAAUUAGCUGCUAACAGUAAGUGUGCUGAAGCUGGGGUUGUGGUGAAACACGGCACUUAUGGGAAUAGGCAGGUGUUAAAGCUGGAUACCAAUGGACCAUACACACACCUAAUUGAGUUUUGAACAAUUAAAGAUCGUUACUACAAUUGUUUUCUGGAAUAAAAUGAUCUGAACUGUUAAUGGAUUUUCUUCUCCUUUAUCUUAAACACUAAUAUUUCCAGAUUUUGCAGCAUUUUUAGACAAAACACCUGGGUCCCACACACAGCUCUGCAACCUGCUUAUUGGAUGAGUUGGGUAAGUCACCUAAACUGAGGCUCUCCGUCACUUUCAUCUCACUUUCUUCCUAUCCUCUAACUCAAAAGUUUGAAAAGAUAUUUUAUUUACUUCAUAGUCAUUGUGGAAAUGUUCUUAGAGAGUUAUAUUUGAAAGAUUAUAUACAUUUGGAGUAUUUUGCAAUGAAGAAUUUUGUGCAAUCAAGAAAAAAUCAUUAUACCCUCAAAUUUAUGUAGUAUGUAACAAAAAUAACUACUUACAUUAAAAUUAGGUAAAAUCCAGCACAAACCAAUCAUAACUUUGUCAAUUUUGUUUUGCCAUUUCAGUUCUCCUUAUUUGUAAUGAAAGAAUAUGUGGCUUACUAUUCUUUUUAAUAAUAUGUUAAAAUUUAAUGUAGAAAUAUUAUUGUAUAUUAUAACAUUAUGUUCCAUGAAUAAGUGCUUUAAAUUAUUUUAAGAAUCUUCAGCUGAAAUAAGAACAAGGUACAGAGAAUUACAAGUUGUUUUUAUUUAAAAUAUAGAUGGGUUAAUAUUCUCUUUUUCAGCUUUAAGCUUUUAUGAAGUUCCUUUCCUGUUGAAUUAGAUUACUGUAAAAGGAAGAAAAGCAGAAGCUUUCUACUUGAAAUUAUUUGAAAAUAAGUUGACUUGUUCAUUUCAACAUUAUUUGCUUGAUGGUUUUUUAAAAUAAUUUUUUUUAUUAGUGAUAUAAGAGAGACAGCUAAUAAGGUAGACUUUCAAAUGUGUCUUAGCCAUCUAGUGCUGCUAUAACAGAAAUACCACAUGUGGAUGACUUUAACAAACAGAAAUUUACUCUCUCCCAGUCUAGUAGGCUAAAGUCCAAAUUCAGGGUGCCAGC